GCGCAGCUUCUUCCCGUUAUCGAUCAAUGAACGCCCCGACGCCCGUCCUGACCUUCGCUUGAGCAGCGCCCUCUCCCCUCUCCCCCCGACUGCCCCGAGCGGCGCACUCCGGCAAUGCCCGGCCGCCCGCCUCCUGGAGGCUCGUCGGCCUCGCGAAAUGACCUUCUCCUCGACCUCGACAAUGAUCAGCCCAUCUACAGCACGGGGCAGCGCUCCGCCCUGACCGACGACGACCUCCUCCACUCGUACGCCUACGAUCAAGACGGCGCGCCAUCACGACCAUCCGUGUCAUACGACGAUUUUGUCGGCUCCGGCCGCUCGGGCGCAACCGCCGGCAGGCCCCCGCCGGCCACGUCCUCGAGUUCCGCGCCGCGUCCCCUGGGGCCGUACGGGCCCGAGAUCCAACGACAGUACAGCCAAACGUCAGACUUGGGCAACUACCAGAGAUACGCCGAUGACUUCGACGACUACCCGGACGAUGGCGGGUAUUAUCAGCACGGGGGGGCUGUGGCCGGCGACUCGUCGUCCUCGGCCCGCGGAAACGCGAGGAAACGGAAUAGCGUCCUGAGCUUGGGCGGCGGCUUUCUCGGGAGGGUCAAGAACAGGCUGGGGAUGGGCGAGGGAUACUCGGAGAUGGACCUCCCGCUCACCGACCCACGUGCCGGAGCCGGGCCGGGCGGGCGGACAGACACCGCCGAGGUCGUCCCGCCCGGGGAGAAGAAAUUCGAUAUGGGCAACUUCAGGUUUGGUUUCGGGAGGUCAAAACCCGACCCGUCCACCCUCGGACCCCGCAUCAUCCACCUAAACAACCCCCCGGCCAACGCGGCCAACAAGUACGUCGACAACCACGUCUCGACGGCCAAGUACAACGUCGCCACCUUCCUCUUCAAGUUCCUCUUCGAGCAGUUCUCCAAGUUCGCCAACAUCUUCUUCCUCUUCACGGCCGCGUUGCAGCAGAUCCCGGGCCUCUCGCCGACCAACCAAUACACCACCAUCGGGCCCCUCAUCGUGGUGCUCUUGGUGUCGGCUGGCAAGGAGCUGGUGGAGGACUACCGCCGGAAACAGGCCGACAAGACUCUCAACAAUUCCAAGGCUCGCGUCUUGCGCGGCUCCAGCUUCACAGAGACCAAGUGGGUCAACGUGGCCGUCGGGGAUAUCGUCCGGGUCGAAUCCGAAGAGCCGUUCCCGGCCGACCUGGUGCUUCUGGCCAGCUCCGAGCCCGAGGGUCUCUGCUACAUCGAGACGGCCAACCUCGACGGGGAGACCAACCUCAAGAUCAAGCAGGCGCUUCCCGAGACGGCUUCCAUGGUGAGCUCGACCGAGCUCAGCCGCCUCGGCGGGAGACUCCGAUCCGAGCAGCCCAACAGCAGCCUGUACACGUACGAGGCCACCCUGACCAUACAGGCCGGCGGCGGAGAGAAGGAGCUGCCUCUGACCCCGGAGCAGCUGCUCCUCCGCGGCGCCACUCUCCGGAACACCCCCUGGAUCCACGGAGUCGUCGUCUUCACCGGCCACGAGACCAAGCUGAUGCGGAACGCGACCGCGGCGCCCAUCAAGCGGACAAAGGUCGAACGACAGCUGAACAAGCUCGUCCUGGCCCUCGUGGGCAUGCUACUGGCCCUGAGCGUCAUCUCGACCGCUGGCGAUCUGAUCCUGCGCCGUGUCUCCGGAGACUCGUUCCGCUACCUCGACCUGGACGGACUGGGCGGCGUCGGGGACGUCCUCCGCAUCUUCAUCAAGGACAUGGUCACGUACUGGGUGCUCUUUUCCGCGCUGGUCCCCAUCUCGCUUUUCGUCACUCUCGAGAUGAUCAAGUACUGGCACGGGAUCCUUAUCAAUGACGACCUGGACAUCUACCACGACGUUACGGACACGCCCGCCAACUGCCGCACUUCCAGCUUGGUCGAGGAGCUGGGCAUGGUCGAGUACGUCUUCUCGGACAAGACGGGCACCCUGACCUGCAACCAGAUGGAGUUCAAGGCGUGCUCGAUCGCCGGCAUCAUGUACGCCGAGACCGUCCCGGAGGACCGCGUCGCCACCAUCGAGGACGGCGUCGAGGUUGGCAUCCACGAAUUCAAGCAGCUGAAGCAGAACUUACGUGAUCAUCCCACCGCGCAAGCCAUUGACCACUUCCUCACCCUGCUCGCCACCUGCCACACGGUGAUUCCCGAGCAGACCGAUUCCGGGCGCAUCAAGUACCAGGCCGCCUCUCCCGACGAAGGGGCUCUCGUCGAGGGCGCCGCGAAGCUGGGGUACAAGUUCUACGCGCGCAAACCCCGCGCCGUCGUCAUCGAGGUCAAUGGCGAGCAGGUGGAGUACGAGCUCUUGGCCGUAUGCGAGUUUAACUCGACCCGCAAGAGGAUGUCGACCAUCUACCGCUGUCCCGACGGCAAGAUCCGGUGCUACACCAAGGGCGCCGACACGGUCAUCCUGGAGCGCCUCAACGACAACAACCCGCAUGUCGAGGUCACCCUCCGUCACCUCGAAGAAUACGCCUCCGAAGGGCUGCGGACGCUCUGCCUGGCCAUGCGUGAGAUUCCGGAGCACGAGUUCCAGGAGUGGUACCAGGUCUACGACAAGGCCCAGACGACCGUGGGCGGAAACCGCGCCGAGGAGCUGGACAAGGCCGCCGAGCUUAUCGAGAAGGACUUUUUCCUUCUCGGCGCUACCGCGAUCGAGGAUCGGCUGCAGGACGGCGUUCCCGAGACCAUCCACACGCUCCAGGAGGCCGGCAUCAAGGUGUGGGUUCUGACCGGCGACCGGCAGGAGACAGCCAUCAACAUCGGCAUGAGUUGCAAGCUCCUGAGCGAGGACAUGAUGCUCCUCAUUGUCAACGAGGAGAACGCCGAGGCGACGCGAGACAACCUGCAGAAGAAGCUAGACGCGAUCCAUAGCCAGGGCGACGGCACCAUUGAGAUCGGGACGCUGGCGCUCAUCAUCGACGGCAAAUCCCUGACGUACGCGCUCGAGAGGGAUAUGGAGAAGCUCUUCCUCGACCUCGCCGUCAAGUGCAAGGCGGUCAUCUGCUGCCGCGUCUCGCCCCUCCAGAAAGCCAUGGUGGUGAAGCUGGUCAAGAAGUAUCAGAAGGAGUCCAUCCUCCUCGCCAUCGGCGACGGAGCCAACGACGUCUCGAUGAUCCAGGCCGCCCACAUUGGCGUCGGCAUCAGCGGCAUGGAAGGCCUUCAGGCAGCGCGCAGCGCCGACGUGUCGAUCGCCCAGUUCCGCUUUCUCCGCAAGCUGCUCCUCGUGCAUGGUGCGUGGAGCUACCACCGCGUCGCCAAGGCAAUCCUGUUUUCGUUCUACAAGAACAUCACCCUCUAUCUCACGCAGUUUUGGUACGUCUUCCAAAACGUCUUCUCCGGCGAAGUCAUCUACGAGUCCUGGACCCUGUCCUUCUACAACGUCUUCUAUACCGUUCUGCCUCCUCUCGCCCUGGGUAUCCUGGACCAGUUCGUAUCUGCUCGCCUGCUCGACCGCUAUCCGCAGUUAUACAACUUCGGACAGCGGAACCACUUCUUCAAGGGCUCGGUGUUUGCCUCGUGGAUCAUCAAUGCCGUCUAUCACUCCAUCAUCCUCUAUUUGGGCACCUCGGCCUUCUACCUGAACGACGGCGUCGAGAGCGACGGCUUCCCCGCAGGCAAAUGGGUCUGGGGUACCGCCAUGUACGGCGCCGUCCUCCUGACCGUCCUGGGCAAGGCGGCCCUCGUCACCAGCAACUGGACCAAGUACCACGUCGUUGCCAUCCCCGGAAGCAUGGCCAUCUGGAUCGUGUUCGUCGCCGUCUACGGCACCGUCGCCCCGAAGCUGGGCUUCUCCAAGGAGUACUUUGGCGUCAUCCCGCGCCUGUUUUCCAGCCCGGCCUUUUGGCUGCAGAUGCCCACGCUGGCGAUCCUCUGCCUCCUGAGGGAUUUCGCGUGGAAGUUCAGCAAGCGGCUGUGGCGACCUGAGGCGUAUCAUCACGUCCAGGAGAUCCAAAAGUAUAAUAUUCAGGACUACCGGCCGAGAAUGGAGCAGUUCCAAAAGGCCAUUCGCAAGGUCCGGCAGGUGCAGCGCAUGCGCAAACAGCGCGGAUACGCCUUCUCUCAGGCGGACGAGUCGCAGACCAGGGUGCUGCAGGCGUACGAUACGACACAGCAUCGUGGGCGGUAUGGCGAGAUGGCGAGCUCCAGACUGCAAUAGUUUGCGCUCUCGCAGCCCUCCUUCGUCUCUUCUCUCCCACCCCCCCCAGCUUUUCCCAAUAUCUCAUGCUCUCUCAUGGCUGGGUGCCAUUAUCAUGUAUCAGCCAUUGUUUCUUGUUUCGCUGGUGCCCCGGGGGGGGGGGGGGAUUUCGAAGCUCAAAACUGGCUUCGAUUCUUUUUUGCUUUCUAAUGAUUUCAGUAG